AGUAGUGACGGGCCGCGCGGGAGCGGUCACAUGACCGUAGCGGCUGCCUGUACAGUAAGGACCCAAUAUGGCAGCGGCGGUAGCAGUGGCAACGGCAGCAAGACCGGCCGCCCCUUAGACCCCCCCCCCCACCCCCCUCCGCGGCACACCACCCCCUUCCGCCGCUUCCUCUGCUUGGGUGCUCCUCCGGCCCGACUUCCCCUUCCUCCCACCUUUCCCGGCUCCGCGGGAACAGCCGCGCAGGGCAGAGAGCAGGCAGGGAGAGGGCGGCCGGAGCCCGGACACGGGAGCCUCCCAGUCAGUUCAAGACCCGACAUGAGGGAAAAGGGCCGUAGGAAGAAGGGCAGGACCUGGGCGGAGGCCGCCAAGACGGUCUUAGAAAAAUACCCCAAUACACCCAUGAGUCAUAAAGAAAUUCUUCAAGUUAUCCAGAGAGAAGGACUAAAGGAAAUCAGAAGUGGAACUUCCCCCCUUGCAUGCCUGAACGCAAUGCUGCACACAAACUCCCGAGGUGAAGAGGGCAUCUUCUAUAAGGUUCCAGGCAGAAUGGGAGUAUAUACUUUGAAGAAAGAUGUGCCGGAUGGGGUGAAAGAGCUAUCAGAAGGUUCAGAAGAAAGCAGUGAUGGUCAGUCAGAUUCCCAGAGUUCUGAGAACAGCAGCAGCAGCAGUGAUGGAAGCAACAAGGAGGGAAAAAAGAACAGGUGGAAAAGGAAAGUAUCAUCUAGACUGUCACAGCCAUCUUCUCCCCAGUCAGGUUGCCCAUCACCCACAAUUCCAGCAGGUAAAGUCAUAUCUCCAUCACAGAAGCACAGCAAGAAGGCACUAAAGCAGGCUCUAAAGCAGCAGCAGCAGCGGAAGCAGCAGCAGCAAUGCCGGCCAAGUAUGGCCCUCUCCUCCAGUCAGCAUCUCUCUCUGAAGGCUGUCAAAGCUGCCAGUGACUCUGUGACUACCAAAUCUGCAGUUUGGGAAGGAAAGCAAUCUGAUGGACAGUCAAGCAGCUCCCAGAACUCAAACUCUAGCUUUUCUUCAUCAGCUAAAGUGGAAAAUCCUUUGUUAGGGCUGGGGAAGAAGUCAUUCCAAAGGUCUGACAGACUCCACACAAGGCAAAUGAAAAGGACUAAAUGUGCUGAAAUUGAUGUUGAGACACCAGAUUCCAUUCUGGUUAAUACAAAUCUUCGAGCACUGAUCAACAAGCACACCUUUUCAGUCCUUCCUGGAGAUUGCCAACAGCGACUGCUUUUACUGCUUCCAGAGGUAGAUCGACAGGUUGGUCCAGAUGGUCUGAUGAGGCUAAAUGGUUCAGCCCUUAACAAUGAGUUCUUCACCUCAGCAGCUCAGGGCUGGAAGGAAAGACUCUCAGAAGGUGAGUUUACACCUGAGAUGCAGGUGAGAAUUCGACAAGAAAUUGAGAAGGAGAAAAAAGUAGAGCCAUGGAAAGAGCAAUUCUUUGAAAGCUACUAUGGUCAGAGUUCCGGCCUGAGCCUUGAGGAUUCAAAGAAAUUGACAGCUUCACCCAGCGAUCCUAAUGUAAAGAAAUCCUCGGCUGAGCUACCAAAAUCCAUGCUUCGUUCAGAGGUCCCUCCUGUCAGUAUAAUCCCUGUAAUUCCCCAGGCAGAAUCUAAAGAAGAAGUAGUGCAUAUGCCAUCCCCAGUCAGAAAAGAAGAGCACGAAAGCCGAGAUAAGGUGCAGCCAAACCCCGAAUCCUCAGAGCCCCUUCUUUCCUCUCCCAGCGAUACAAAUGAGCGUAGCAGCAUUCUCCCCAUCAAGUGCCCAGAGGGUGAGGAUGUCUUGGGGCAGAAGCCAGUUGCCUCUGCUGAACAGGAAUCUGAGAAAGAGAAUCAUCUCACUACAGCUUCUAAUUAUAACAAAAAUGAAAGCCAAGAAGCUUCAGUUAAGUCUCCAAGCAAACCCAAGAGUCCUGGAGUAGAGAAACCGAUAAUGAAGCCCAUCACAGAAGCAGAUCCGCAGGAGGCCACUAUGAAAGAGCCUUCACCAGCUCUGGUUGAACACAGCCCAGAAAGCCUCAAGAGGAAAUCUCUCACCCAGGAAGAGGCCCCUACAAGCGGGGAGAAGAGGCCGCGCGUCACUGAGAAUCGCCAGCACCAGCAGCCAUUUCAAGUCUCCCCACAGCCCUUUCUCAGUAGAGGGGACAGGUUCCAAGUGCGGAGAGUACCACCUCUCAAGAUCCCGGUCUCCAGAAUCUCCCCCAUGCUGUUUCCUACAUCGCAGGUCUCUCCCAGGGCUCGUUUUCCAAUCUCCAUCACUAGUCCUAACAGAACAGGAGCCAGAACUCUUGCCGACAUCAAAGCAAAAGCCCAGCUGGUCAAAGCACAGAGGGCAGCAGCUGCCGCCGCUGCCGCCGCUGCCGCCGCCGCCUCAGUUGGAGGGACCAUUCCAGGACCUGGCCCAGGGGGUGGACAAGGUCCAGGAGAGGGUGGUGAAAGGAAAACCGCUAGAGGAGGGAAUCCAGACUCAGACAGAGUCAGAGAAACUGGAAAGGGCCCCACACUGGAACUGGCAGGAACUGGAAGCAGGGGAGGUCCGAGAGAGCUUUUACCCUGUGGUUCAGAGACUCAGCCCCAAUCUGAGACCAAGUCCCCAGGCCAGCCACAGCCUCUUAGUGUCUCUAGAGCACAACUACAGCAAACCCCCUCAGUGCCUCCAACAUCUGCCAUCAGUGGAGCAUGCACAAGUGUCCCAUCACUAGCUCACACUAACCCACCCCCACCAACUGUAGGGAAAUUGAAUAUUGAGAAACUGAAUGCCACCAGGGCAGCAGCCACAGCGGCCUCUCUCAGCCACCCACAAGGGCCCAGUCACUGCAGGCAGGAGAAGUUACCUUCUGCUCCAGCAGGCCCUGCUCUAAUCUCAGGUGCUACACCUGUUCACUUUGCAGCUGAUGGCACAGUUGAGCCCAAAGCAGGUUGUAGUAAGAGUACACCUAACACUUCAGCUUCAGCAGAGACUACUGCCAGAGCUUCAGUGGAUAUGACUUCCUCCCGUUUAACAUCUUUAUUGAUAGCAGCCACUUUAGAAAAGCUUUCCAUACCCCAGGUCAGUGGAACUGUAGCACCUCCCGGACCAGUUCCAUCCUCAAGCACUUUGCCAGCAAUUUCUAGCCUUAAAACUCCAGGAACUUCUUCAAAUAUGAAUGGACCCAUUUCACGGUCAAGCUCAAGUAUCCCUGCUAAUAAUCCUCUGGUCACUCAGCUGCUCCAGGGCAAAGAUGUUCCCAUGGAGCAAAUUCUGCCUAAACCACUCACCAAAGUUGAAAUGAAAACUGUUCCACUGACUGCAAAAGAGGAAAUAGGGAUAGGAGCACCCACAGGCACCAACAAAACAGAAAAUAGCACCAGAGAGGAAGUUCAUGAGAGGCCUUCUCACCCAGCUAUGCAGCAGCUGGGUAAAACCUUGCAAAGUAAGCAUCUCUCCCAGGUUCCCAGACCCCUUCAGCUCUUUUCAGGUAAGGAUCUGAGGGACCCCAGCAUUGACAUACACCAAGAAGGAAUAAGUAAAAUAGCCCAAGAUCAGAUCCUUCAGACUCUCAUCCAGAGGGUUCAUAUUCAGAGGCACAAUGUUCUCUCAUUUGUGCAGCCCUCCCAGUUCAACUUCAGUCACUCAGGUUUCCAGUUAGAAGACAUCUCCACGAGCCAGCGGUUCAUGCUGGGCUUUGCUGGCAGAAGGACUUCGAAGCCUGCAAUGGCAGGACACUACUUACUUAACAUUUCCACCUACGGCCGGGGUUCGGAGAGCUUCAGGAGGACCCAUUCCGUAAACCCGGAAGAUCGUUUUUGUCUAAGUAGCCCCACUGAAGCCUUGAAAAUGGGAUAUGCAGACUGUAAAAAUGAAAUGGGAGAGAAUAGCAGCGACAAAGAAGAUAGUGAUGAGGAAAGUACUGCUGAUGAAGAAGAAUCGGCCAUGGUGAAGGAGGAGCACCCAGCUUCCCAGAGUUCUGGCAAGUGUGAAGCAAGUUCAGGACCCCACAGUAGAGAAACCCUACCCACUGAUUGUUUAGCUAAAAAGAAUGUGAAGGUAGAGACACCAGUGCAAACUGCUUUAAACAAGGAGAAUUAUCUGUUCACUAGAGGCCAAACAUUUGAUGAAAAGACCCUAGCCAGAGAUCUAAUUCAGGCAGCACAGCAGCAGAUGGCUCAUGCAGCGAGAGGUAAGGCAAUGCAUAGCAGCCCCGAGGUUUUCAGUGCCACUGCUCUUCCUCCACCUGCAGACAGUCCCACUCAUCAGCCUCUCCUCCUCCCACCACUGCAAACCCCAAAGCUGUACGGGAGCCCCACACAGAUUGGGCCCAGCUACCGAGGCAUGAUCAACGUCUCCACCUCGUCUGACAUGGACCAUAACUCUGCUGUUCCGGGGAUGCCUGACUGUGGCCAGGUAUCUAGCAACGUAGGUGAUGUCAUGUCCUUUUCAGUGACUGUCACCACCAUCCCUGCUAGCCAAGCUAUGAAUCCCAGCAGCCACGGCCAGACCAUUCCUGUUCAGGCAUUUCCCGAAGAGAACAGCAUAGAGGACACGCCUUCGAAGUGUUACUGCCGAUUGAAAGCCAUGAUCAUGUGCAAAGGGUGCGGAGCCUUCUGCCAUGAUGACUGCAUUGGCCCCUCCAAACUGUGUGUGUCCUGCCUGGUGGUUCGGUGACGGGUAAAAAGCACACUGUGAGGGAGGCCGAGGGAAGGGUUGUCGGGCUGUGUGUUUGCAUCCUUUUGGAAUCACAGAAAUAAACAAGUAGACUUCAGUUGUCAAGAGACAAAUGUUACUUAAUCAGGUAUACAGAGUACAGAUCUUACAUUUUAGAGGAAGAGCACCUUGUAUAGUAAGUCUAAGUCAGCAAGACUUUGUGAAUUUGUGACAAGUUUGCACUUACGAAAUCAUGUAAAUAUGUCACAUUUUGUUUAAACAUUGUUUUUCCAAGUGUUUAGGUAAUGAUGUAUUACUUUUAAUUCACAUCUAUGGUCUACUUCAUGUGACUCUUAAGUUUAAUGCCAUGCAUGGUGGAAGGAAGCUUGUUUGCCUUCUGUCCUUUCCUGAGAGGCUGGGAAGAGGAAGGCGUGAACGAGAAAUGACCUUUCAUGCAGAUUAUGUCUUAACCAUCUGCCAUGGUUUAUUCAGCCUUUCCAGAAUAUGGAUUCAGGGUUUACUAAGUCCCUUUACUUUAGAUGGAGUCUUAAGUUCAGGUUUUUGAUAAGGUAUUCAUUUCACAGCGAGUGCUUCAGACUCUGAAAGCUCUUGACUUGGUUCUUGGCUUCCAUAAGCCAGUACUAUUGCCAAGCACACUGUAUGUGAUUUGUGGACCCUGCUGCUGCCUAAUCCCCUGCCCUGAGAUAGUGAAGGUGGCCCCUCUCUGGCCCCUGCUGGUACUACAGCCUGGGCGGGGCAACAGUUCCAGCAAUAACCCAAGGGCGGAAUCAUGGGAGCUUACAACAGGUUUGAAAUGCUAGUAUAAAAUGAACAGGAAGGUGUUAGUGCUGGGGUCGUUUGAAUUAUGUGUUUUGUUGGGCAAGGUGAGUAAAGGUGUAGAAACAACAAAGAUAUUUGGGUAAGAUUUUUAACAUUAGAAACAAGGAAGCCUCUUUUUUUCCAACACAUUACCUAAUGUUCUAUAGUCAGCUCUUGCUGCAGGUAGUAAGCUCAUAAGUGCCACAUUUGCCCAUUCUGAUAAACCUGUUUUGACUUCCCAGGCAUCUGAGGAGUAUGGAGUAAUAUAUUUGAAGACAUGUAUGCACUGACAUAUACAAUAAAAGUCAGACACUUUUCCUGUUUUAGGAAAUAUGUCCCAUUUUGGAUUUCUGCUGUCUACGCAUUAGAAAUUUUUAAUGUGAAGGGGCUUCAGUAAAUGACUAGGUCCGUGGUCGGCAAACUGCGGCUCAUAAGUCACAUGUGGCUCUUUGGCCCCUUGAGUGUGGCUCUUCCACGGCCUGGGCGAGUCUGUUUUGAAGAAGUGGCGUUAGAAGUUUAAAAAAUUUGGCUCUCAAAAGAAAUUUCAGUUGUUGUACUGUUGAUAUUUGGCUCUUAUUGACUAAUGAGUUUGCCGACCACUGGGAUAGGGGAACAUCUAGAAAGGAGAGAAAUUACCUCUAAAACUUCGUUGUUUGUUUUUAUUCUUUUUUGUGUCCUUAUGUUUUUAAGCCUGUAUUUAGCAACUAAAGAAUUUUCCAGUACAUAUAUUUAGGUCAUGGUUAAAGAACAUUAAAAUAAGCCUACCAUUUACCAGAAUUUGAUAUUUUAAAAUUGGGUAUUGUCAACGUGCAUCAUUUGCAUAUUGAUUUCAAGUUUUCUAAUUCCAAGUGUGUAAAGUAAAAGUACUAUAACUAGUACAGUUGUAGUUGUACUUAAUAUUCAGGAUGUGAUAUUUAUAACAUGCAGAACAGUGUAAACUUGUUAAUUAAGUCACAUUCCAGAUUAGGAGAAAGUAGCAGUAAUAAUCUUGGCUUUGCUUUCAUUCUGCUACCCUGUCUUCUCCUUCCUCCAUGUUAUUAUACACUCUUAAUAUUUUCGUACUCCCUAAGAGACUCAUUAUUUCACUAAUUUUCAUUUUUUGCUUCUGUUUUUUGUGUGGUCCAAGGCAAAUAGAGGACUAAUAUCUAUGUUCUUGUUGCAGCCGAGACAAUAUGUCAUUCUAACAGAGCUAAGAGAAAUGAAAGCUGCAAGGACCCAGGGAUAAGGGUUAAGUUCUCCAGCUGAGAACCAGUAGCAAACAGAGACCGUGGUUCUGUUCCCAAAUUUGCAUUGCCCUGGGGAAUUCAGGGGGAACCUGAGAGACCUAAUGCUGGUUAGAACUGCCCAAGCCCAGCUUCUGCACCCCCCACGUGAGUGGCAGACUGGAGGUUGGACUGUGUGCUGGAAGUUUCUGAGAGUUUAGAACUGGCCAGUUAGUUACCAAUUGGGGUUAAUUAAUGUGGCUUUUCUUCUUCACAACUUUCCUGAAAUAGAAAAUGUCUGCUCCGUGGUUCCUUUAAGCUGAGGGUGGAUAGACUAACCAGGAAAGGAUCAGGGAUAUUCAAGUUCAUUUAGAGAGCAAACCAUUCCGUGCCUCUUCAUCUUGACCCACACUCUUGCAGAUGGUCCUAGGAUUUACUGUUCACAAGAUUUUCUUCAGAAGUAAUAUAAUACCCAGCUAAUAAAAUACCUGCCUUUAUUACUGCCCCUAAAGCAUAAAUUGUCAACUGGGUACACUGCCUCAAUAUUGACCAAAAGAGAGAAUGGUUUCUUAGAUUGGUAGUAAACUGAAUACAACCCAUAUAUCAGUUUGUUUGAAAACAGUGGUUUCAAGUUGAAAGCCAUGAACUGAAUAGAGAAGAAAAUUAUCUUGAAAAUAAGGCAGAAGGAACAAGAAAAAUCAAAAUUAUUAAAGUAUGGCACUCCAGUGCCUUUAAAGCAAUUUUUAUUUUAGGUUUUCAUAAUUUACCUUUAAAUCAACCUAGUAAGUGCUAAGCUUAUUUUUCUGAAACUAAGUUGCACUGUUUCGAGUGACUUGUCGGGCAUUUUGCCUGAUGCUUAUGCCUCCAGGGUGUGCUCCCCAUACCACACUGCAGGUCACCUUGGGGAGCAGGCACUAACAGCAUGUCAUCUCAGUCUCACUCAGGAGUAUGGAGUCAUCUGGUAAAGAGGCUCCCAGAGUCUUAAAGAAUUUUGACUAAAAUUCUCCAUCCUGUUAAACAGAGAAUAAAGCCAAAUAACCUGGAGUUGUUUGCUCUGCUUUUAUUCCUUAACUCCUGUGCUCAAGAUACUAAAGCUGUCUGUGGUAGCCCCUGUAACAUUUUAAAGAAUCAGACCUGACGUGUAUUUUUACUUGGGGUAGGAGAAGCAUACUUGCAUGGGCUGGGAAGGCACACAGAUGUAGUUGUUUUAGGAAGCUAUCUGAUUUAAAUAGCCAAAGGAAGACCUCAUUGCCUUCCAGGUGAAGGAGUAAAUCAUGCAUAUUAAUGACCUGAUAGUCAUCAUCCUAAUUGCUUAUUAUUGCCAUUCUCUGCCUUAGAGUCCUUUAAAAAAAACUCGGGUGAAAUGAUUUGUUGUGAUUAGGGGGUCUUCUCUGGUCAUUACACUAUUUAUUUCUAGAACUCGCUGUCAGUGAGCGGUGCCAGGAUUGUUCUCUGUCACCUAGAAGUUUGAUUUCACGCCAAGGAGGGAAAGUCUCCCAUUGCAUUACAGCAGUGUGCGAAGUAAAAACUUGGCCAAUGGUGGUUUUCAGCUCAAUUUAUAGACGAGUCCAAAGAGACUGAGAAACAUGAUGAUAGACAGAGACCUUUCCUACCAUGUUUCAAUACCUACAUACCUAUUGAAAGAAAACAAUAGGUAAAAACGUUUCUAAAGUUGAAGAGCCGCAUAGAUUAUUGGUUACUUUAUUUUUAUUAAUGCUUUACAUUUGAUACAACUAUUAAAGAUCAAUUUUAAAAAUAGCUUUCCAGUAAUAUAUUUUAAGUAAUAUAUAUUUUAAUAUCUAUGUAAAAAAUAACAGUGGAAGACUGAAUUUCUCAUAUAUGGUAUGUGUAAUGUAGGACCUCACUGUUAAGGCACAAACAAUUUCAAAGGAAGUUACUCUAAAGACAUUCAGAUUAUUUCCAAAAAAUGCAAUAAGGGGGUUGGAGUUAAUUUUUUAUUUUAAAGAAAAAUUGACUUAUUUACCACAAGCUAUUUUUUUCCCUCCUGGCUAUAAGGUUUGUAUAGACUGGUUUGGUAAAAGCUAAACUUUUGUGUCUUUUUGCCUUUUUAAAGGAAUUGUUAACAUUGGAAUUGAGGGUAUGUACAGAAAAGUUGGUGUCAACACCAUUUAAAAAGUCAUAUUUUUUCACAAAUAUAGAAAAAUCAUUUUACAUAAGAACUUUAAGUAUUUGCAAUAAAUAUAUGUAUAUAGAUUGUGUGUAUUCGUAUAUUCUUAUUUUUCAUUUUAUUAAGUAAAAGAUAAUUCAAGUGAAAAUAAAGACUGGAGUCUUCAGUGAAUCUCGAGUCCUGACAUGUAUCUGAGUGAUGUGGGCAAGGGCCCUCAGUUGCCUUAUAUUACUAUUGGGAGAGUACCACAGGUUGUGUAGAGGGGAGUGAAAUGAGUAAUUUUGGUGAUAAAUCCAGGUAACAUUUAUUUCAGAACUAUAGUAAAAACAUUGAAUUCUCUCAAUCUGUCCGUCUAUUUUCACCCUUAAACUGUUCUGUCUCCUAACCAUCUAAUGUCACUAGGAAAAUAAAAACAGUAAAACCCUACAUGCAUUCUUUUU